UAUUUACUAGAAUUCAAAGUCUUUGCUCCAGAACUAUCACAAUGAAGUUCACUUCUGCUUUCAUUGUCGCCCUUGCGUCGCUCCAGACGGCGACUGCGGGUCCCAUCGAAGCCCGUGAGGAGUACCCCGAGGUUGUCCCCGGCCCUGGUCUUCCUUCGCUCGAGUCCCUUGGUCUCACUACCGCUCAACUCUACGAGAUGCCAGUGCCGGAAAAGUCUGCGCUCCCGUCCAAAGUUCGGCGCGCUGGAACGUGUGGGCCUGGCUCCGCGUACACCAACGUUAAUGGUAUCAUUGCAUGCUACAACUACUUGAACGGUCUUGGAACGGCGAACUGCGCGGUCCCGGGUAAGGGCGUUACUAAUCAUAUGUGCUCAUCUGGAGAUGCCGUGAUUACUGGCCAAUCCCUCGCAGGCGGAGGGACGUCUAGCUACUGCCGCGAUGUAGCAGCUGCCGUGCUGUGGACUAUCAACUCAUGCACACGCUCCGAUCAGACGUGCGCCGGAGCCCAGUUCGCAGGUGGAAACGGAGAUUUGUCCGUUGGAGCUUACAGCGCAGGAUAUGCUUAGGAGCAGAAGAAAGAAUCGCUGGGACUUUGAGAGGUGUUCAACUCUGAUGUCAUAUGAUUACACAGGAAGACAAAGCUCUGAGGUUUGAUGUGCCGUCAAAUCAUGUAUAUCAAUCCAUUUUAUCCUCGUAAAUAACCCUUGAUGUUGUCCUGC